UUGUCAUGGAUGUGAAAUAUCCCGUAUGCGAUCAAACAUGGCGGACAUUGUGAGAUCGAGUAGGAAAGACGCAACUGCUACGAAUGGAUUAGAAGGCGUACUUGAAAGAUUUUCGACGUUUGUUGAUGAAAAUAUUCAGUAUAUCAAGAUCUCUGCGUACGCGGUGGGAGGAAUGGGAGCUCUGUUGAUUGUUAGGCAUUAUACUCGACUCUACUCAUCUGUGUCUUCUGUGCCUAACUACUUGCUUAAGAGCAAUUCGUCUAUUAGUGCUCACGUUUGUGACGUUCGCCAAACAUACAUUAUGGUGCAACACAGGCCUCUGGCAAGGCGCUUACUUUCUAGACUUGGGUUUCCUUACAUGGCUUUGUCACACAGAAGGAACAGUCUCAUAAGGGUUGACUUUGCUGGUGCUGGAAUUGCAAACACCAAGUUUGUCGACACCGAGAGCUUUCUCGAGAAGACGUUAUUGGAAAAGACUAUCAGAUGUCAGCUUAUCAAAGGAAAUGAUCAUCAAGGCAUUGACUGUCUGGUAUUUCGUAGAAAACUGUUAUUCUUUGAAUCGUGUGUAAACGAGGAGCUGUUAAAGGAAGGACUGGCAACAGUCAAAUCCAUAGACGGUGUAUCUAGUAAGAAAGCACACAGCCAAAUAACACAAAAAAUGAUCAAAGCAGAAAACAAAGCAAAAUUGUGGAGACGGGGAUUGUGGAAAGAUGCAAAAGACAGUCUGCUAAGCGAAGGUUGGAAAUGGUCUGUAGAUACUAUUCAAAACAAUUUGACAAUAAGUAGUAGUCCACAGAUGUCAAGAGUUAGUGUGUGGUUGAAGGAAAACCAAUUAAGCCAAAAUGUAUUAGAAACUACAACCAGGACACGUGACAGAGUCAAUAGAACGAGGAAGUCUGCACUGGCAGUCUGGACAAGAGUUCGUCGUAGUGUGGUGGUUGAUGCGAUAGAGCGAGGAUGGAGAUGGACAAUUGGUAAAAUUCAUAGAAUCUCCAACUUCCAGGCAAGUAGCCUACCUAAAGAUAAGUAAACUAUCGGUCUAUUGUAGUGACAUGCUGCUGAUGCAUCGAGUUGUAAUACAUGUCUAAUUCAAAGACUUUAUUGUAAAGUGGUGUAGAUCGAGGAAGUUCGAUGUUGUUUAUAGUGUGCAAAGUUUGUGUUAUUUUGUAAUCGUGAUACAAAGUCUUA